AUGCUUUCACGUCGUGAUAAAUUUAACUAUGGAAACAUAUAUCACAUUUUAGUCGACCGCUUUAGUGGCGACACCGAAACCACGUUAGAGAACAAGCAAAACUCAAAUGACUUUUUAGGGGGUACUCUUCGUGGUAUAACAAGUCGAAUGAAGUACUUAAAAUUACUUGGGACCACAACGAUCUUUUUAUCUCCGAUUUACCAGAAUCAUACAAAGGCUACAGAACAAUACCAACCAUAUCACGGUUACCAUAUCGUUAAUUUCAGCGAGGUAGAUAGUAGAUUUGGUACUAAAGAAGACUUCUCAGCGUUAUGUAGAGCAGCACAUGAUAAUGGGAUUUCGGUCUUACUUGAUGUUGUUCCGAAUCACGUGUCUUGCUAUCAUCCUUGGGUCGUUGACGCAAAUAACAAUAUCAACAAAGAGUACCUCGAGUGGUACUCCGACGGGACUCCUCAACACUUUUUAGACUGUCAAGAGCUCUGGAAAAUUAACGCUGGAAAUCCGGUAGUCAAGAACGCGCUGUUCAAUGCGUUUUUGGAGUUCUUCGAACUUGGCGCAGACGACUUCCGAGUCGAUCACGCGAUUGGGAUGACGCGGAGUUUCUUCAAAGAGUUGCGGAAUGUUUUGAGAGAGCGCGCAAAGGCUUUAAAUCGGCCAAGACCACUCUUAAUAGGAGAAGUCUGGUUUGGGGGAUGUGAGUAUCGAAUACUUGAAACGAUUCGAAUGCCAAUGAAAGGGAUGUUGUGGUGGAUCUCAUAUUUUGGGUUUGAUGGAAUAUGCCAAGAAUUGUCACAGAUGAUGUAUAUAGGUGCUUUAGAUGGAGUGUUAGAUAUCCGUGGAUGUAUGAUGAUAAGAAGUUAUGUAUUGAAUGAAGGAAUGUAUAGAUAUACUCCACUCUGGAUCUUUAAAAUAAUGAUGUGGUUAAGAAAACUGCUCUAUCCAAGAUCGUAUUUAUCGGGACUAUUUGUUGAUAACCAUGAUGUCGACAGAAUCAUGUACACUAUGGGAGGGGAUGUCAAAAAGGUCAAGAAGGCUUUCGAGUUUGUCAGAAAUGACUCGGAACCUAUGAUCGUGUAUUAUGGCACAGAAAUUGGAAUGUCACAAGUCGCAUCGAAAACACAAAUCGGGGACAUCGCUAUGAGAGCACCAAUGAAUUGGUCACUCACGAAAAAUUAUGGACAGAGCGAAAUGUUCGAUUUCAUGCAAACUUGCUGGAUGGAGAGAAAGGAAAAGGCUAGAAGUAAUUAA